UCUCCAUCCGUCAUUUCCUGAAGAGGCAGCACUAUAGUUGUAGUUCCGUACUAACACUGUAACGCUGUCAUCGAGUUUGAACACUGCCACUGUUGCUGGGGCUGGUAAAACAGAUUGUUGCUUUCUCGAAAAACUUAAUGCGCUCUUUCGUACGUAACUAACAGCUGUCGCUUACUGUUCAUGACGGGAGGGUACACAGGGUAUCGAGUUAAGAGAAAUCAACUUCAAAUCAAACUCCGACCUCUGCAAGGCAUGGAGGCCCAUGGUUCAGCACGACUGCUGUCCCGGAAGAGGAAAAGAGAGGAGUCAAAUGGCGAGGCAGAGGAGGGGGAGCGGCAAGGCAAGAUCAAGCGAUGCACUGUGGCUUUGAGAGACCCAGCACCAUAUGCAGAUCAACUUGAGUCGAUGGAGAACCAGCCUUAUGAGCGUGUGAGCAUGGAAGAGGCUCUAAAAGGGACUGCACCGGACAGACCAGUGCGGGUGUAUGCUGAUGGGAUCUUUGACAUGUUUCACUCUGGGCAUGCGCGAGCCCUAAUGCAGGCCAAAGGACUGUUCCCAAACACACACCUCAUCGUUGGUGUGUGCAGCGAUGAGCUCACACACAAGCUGAAGGGCUUCACCGUCAUGAAUGAGGAUGAGCGCUACGAUGCUAUCAGCCACUGCCGCUACGUUGACGAGGUCGUCCGGAACGCACCCUGGACACUCACACCUGAGUUUCUGACCAAGCAUCGGAUUGACUUUGUGGCCCAUGAUGACAUCCCAUACUCCUCAGCAGGAAGUGAUGAUGUUUACAAACACAUCAAAGAAGCUGGAAUGUUUGCCCCAACCCAGCGGACAGAGGGCAUUUCCACCUCUGAUAUCAUCACAAGAAUUGUCCGUGACUAUGACGUUUAUGUGCGCCGCAACCUACAGCGUGGAUACACUGCGAAGGAGCUGAACGUCAGCUUCAUCAAUGAGAAGAAGUACCACUUGCAGGAGAGAGUGGACAAAGUGAAGAAGAAAGUGCGCGAUGUGGAGGAGAAGAGCAAGGAGUUUGUGCAGAAGGUGGAGGAGAAGAGCAUCGACCUCAUUCAGAAGUGGGAGGAGAAGUCCCGGGAGUUCAUCGGCAACUUUCUGCAGAUGUUCGGUCCAGAGGGUGCCCUGAAGCACAUGCUGAAGGAGGGGAAGGGUCGUAUGCUGCAGGCCAUCAGCCCGCGGCAGAGCCCCAGCAGCAGCCCGGCGCGCGAGCGUUCCCCCUCGCCCACCUUCCGCCUGCCCUUCUUCACCAAGACCUCACCAUCCUCCUCCCCCCACUCCCUGCAUGGCAGCGUCUCCCAUGGUUACCAGUUUGGGGCGCGAGGACAGGCCAUCAGCGAAGAUGACGACGAUGACGAUGAUGAUGACGAGUAGGGCGAGCAUCCGCCAUUCCCACUCUCGCUCACUCACACAACUGUUUUAGCUGCUGACUGCAACAACCUCACACCCCUCAUCAUCAGCAUUUUAUACCCCACCUGUAUUUGUUCCCUUGUCUUUCAUAUCACCAUAUGUUAUUACGUUGAUUCUCCCUAGUUCAUUAGUCUUGCAGAAACAAACACACACUAAAACACAUAGAUUGUUAUUUAAUUGGAGUUUUGUGUUGAGCAAUCUGGAUCAAGUUGACAGGGGACAGUAUCCCAACAGCUUUGUUUUACUUCUCAAUCUUAAUGUAUACACUCAGUUUCAACACUUGUAGCAUAGAAAAGAGUUGGGGAAGAUUGUAUUAUCGACAGCCUUGCAUAGGGCUACAACUACACAGUCCUCGUGCUCUCUAAUUUCAGUAUUUGCGAGGUGAAAAUGCUCUUUAUAUCACAGAAUUAAUAGGUUAAACUUUUAUUAUACUAAUAGUAGUGUAACCAAUAUUUAAGUUUCACAAAAGAUCAUGAAGAUACACAAAUGUAAAGCACUAACCCUCUGAUUUCAUCUGCAUGUUGCUCAUGCAGAGAUGAGCUGUGGGUGGUCAAGUCGAAUGUGUAGUCAUAUAUGUACUCAGGUGCAGAAUGCGGCUUUCCACCGUCUGCACACUGCUCUUGUUGGAGUGUCAUCGUUGUCUGAGCACAGUCCAUGGCUCCACUUCAUCGUUGUCUGAGCACAGUACAUGGCUCCACUUCAUCGUUGUCUGAGCACAGUCCAUGGCUCCACUUCAUCGUUGUCUGAGCACAGUCCAUGGCUUGGCUCCAAGCUCCUAGUGACCCCAAGAAUUACUUAGCACUGUGAAUGUUUGUUUACCUUUGUGAAAAGAUGCCAGUGGUUCAACUGUACUGAUUCCACAGCAGUCACUUUAUUUUUCCUUGUGUUUGACAGCUGUAUGUUUUACUUUGAACACAAUUUUAAUUUUUAAUAUUUUAAAAAUGUUUUAACUUAAAUAAGUCCACAUCAGGUGAAUCACUCCAUGGUCAGUUUGGGAGACCUGAACAAGUGUAUGAACAGCUAAAAUAGGCAUUUUGUUUGUGUUUUAUGAAGGAAAUGUGAUUUUCUGAUUUCGUGUUUAAAAUCAAGUAGAUUAAAAAUAGAAGAAUUUAAAUUAUCCUACCACUGUUCAUCAAUGAAUAUAUUGUUUGAAGUACAUUUUAUUAUUUUCUUCAGGAGAACUGUGAAAUGUUACUGAAAGCACAGCGACCCUUGAGGCAUUUAGCAAAGGUGUGCCUGAUUGUUACUGCAAGUAUUUUAUUCCUUUAAGUCUUUCCUUAAAACUUAUUGAUGGCGUUUUGUUUCUCUAUAAAAUCAUGAGCUGUGUAAAGUUCACAACAGCCUGUUAGUUACAUAGAUUCACCUCUGCCUCCGAUAAGGAACACCAAUAUUGACACAGACUAUAUAUCUGUAUCAAGACUGUCAUGCAGGCCUUUUUGUUAUUUUACCCUUGGCUUGUGAAUGUACAGUACAUCACGGAAGGGCAAAAGAAUCACCUAAAUGAAAAUAAAUCUCCUAAACAAAAA